GGGUGAUUCCGAUCUUCCCCACCCCCACCUCUGCAAACUGCAAAAUUGAUCUCUCUGGCCUAGGGACUACUGACUAGGGUGUAAUAUACAGCGCCAUUGCCAGCGGUGAAAUUAUGGAUCUUCGGAACGAAGGUGCUGGUCGGCGGCGGGGUACCUUGAUUUGAUGCUUCUUCUUUUGCGACUGAUAAAUUUUUAUGCUUGACCGAAUCGCCGCUUCAGCCUUCUGCAAAUCCAUCUUGGUGUCUUGACUCAGGGAGGCAGCGAUUCCACACUCCAGCGAGCAUAGCAGACGACGCGGCGACAAGCAUAGCCCGCACUCCGAAGCCGCCUCUGGUUUACGGUCAGAAUUCAGCCGCAGUCGACUCGUCCACAGUCCACUCCUGAAACAGCAGCUCUUCGCCUCCUCAGCUGCUGUUGGAAACGUUCGUAGAGUUACUUCAGAGUAAAACUUUGUGGAGCUCAACUAGUGUGCUAUGUUCUUCGGAAUGAAAAAUGAUUAAUUCUGGAGAUAGCAUGCAAAGUAGUCAUCAAAUGGUUGCACAUAUGGGUGAUGAUGUAGAAGAGGCACAAGAGAAUAGAGAUGGUGGAAUGUCUCAUUCCCCUAAAAGGGCCAUUGUGGCAUCUCAAGGAAAUACAGAUCUUGAACCACAUGAUGGUAUUGAAUUUGAAUCCCAUGAAGCUGCAUAUUCAUUUUAUCAAGAAUAUGCCAAAUCAAUGGGAUUCACCACCUCAAUAAAAAACAGCCGCCGGUCAAAGAAAUCAAAAGAAUUCAUUGAUGCUAAAUUUGCAUGCUCCAGAUAUGGAGUGACACCAGAAUCAGACAGUUGCAGUAGUAGACGCCCUAGUGUCAAAAAGACAGAUUGCAAAGCCAGUAUGCAUGUCAAGAGAAAGCGAGAUGGGAAUUGGUACAUCCAUGAGUUCAUAAAGGACCAUAAUCAUGAACUUCUUCCAGCCCUAGCAUAUCACUUUAGAAUUCAUAGGAAUGUAAAACUAGCUGAAAAAAAUAAUAUUGAUAUUCUUCAUGCUGUUAGUGAACGAACGAGAAAGAUGUAUGUUGAGAUGUCAAGACAAACAGGUGGAAUUCGAGAUGUUGACUUUACGGGGAAUAGCUUGAGUUACCAGUUUGAUAGAGGUCGAUACUUGGGGUUAGAAGAGGGUGAUGCACAAGUUAUUCUUGAAUAUUUCAUGCAUAUACAGAAAGAGAACCCAUAUUUCUUUUAUGCAGUUGAUCUUAAUGAAGAUCAGCGUCUAAGGAACCUGUUCUGGGUUGAUGCUAAAAGUAGGAAAGAUUUUGUUAAUUUUAGCGAUGUUGUUUUCUUUGAUACCAAUUAUAUCAAGAGCAAUGAAAAGAUGCCAUUUGCCCUUUUUGUUGGAGUGAAUCAUCAUUUCCAACCUAUUUUACUUGGAUGUGCAUUAGUAGCUGAUGAAAGCAAACCAAUGUUUGUUUGGUUAAUGAAGACAUGGCUUAGAGCAAUGGGUGGACAACCUCCAAAAGUAAUAAUAACUGACCAGGACAAAGCCCUCAAAGCAGCUGCUGAAGAAGUUUUCCCUUCUUCAUGUCAUUGCUUUGCUCUUUGGCAUGUAAUUGAAAGGAUUACUGAAAUUCUUUCUCAUGUCAUAAAGCAGCAUGAUAAUUUUAUGGGAAAAUUCACCAAGUGCAUAUUUAAGUCAUUGACAGAUGAACAGUUUGAUAUGAGAUGGUGGAAGAUGGUCACCAGAUUUGAGUUACAAGAGAAUGAAUGGAUUCGUUUGUUGUAUGAAGACCGUAAAAAGUGGGUGCCAACUUUCAUGAGGGACACCUUUUUGGCUGGAAUGUCCACAAGUCAACGAUCUGAAAGUCUAAUCUCUUUCUUUGACAAGUACAUUCAUAAAAAGAUUAGCCUUAAGGAGUUUGUAAAACAGUAUGGAAUCAUUCUGCAGACUAGGUAUGAAGAUGAAGCCAUAGCAGACUUUGAUACAUUGCAUAAACAACCUGCAUUGAAGUCUCCUUCACCAUGGGAAAAGCAAAUGUCAACAAUUUAUACUCACGCAAUAUUCAAGAAAUUUCAGAUUGAGGUUUUGGGUGUAGUUGGAUGCCACCCAAAGAGAGAAGGUGUGAAUGGGGAAAACGUAACUUUCAGAGUUGAUGACUGUGAAAAGGAUGACAAUUUUAUGGUGACAUGGAACGAGGCAAAACUAGAGGUUUCUUGUUCUUGCCUUCUAUUUGAAUACAAAGGUUUUCUUUGCAGACAUGCAAUGAUUGUUCUUCAAAUGUGUGGCCUUUCAAGCAUCCCACCACAUUAUAUUUUGAAGAGGUGGACUAAAGAUGCUAAGAGCAGACACUGGAUGAUAGAGGGUACUGAAAGAGUUCAAACAAGGGUGCAAAGGUACAAUGAUCUAUGUAAACGGGCUAUUGAAUUGGGUGAAGAAGGUUCUUUGUCUGAGCUGAGUUACAGUAUUGCAUUCCGAGUACUGGACGAAGCUUUAAAGAACUGUGUAAAUGUUAAUAACAGAACUGGUGCAGCAUGUAGCAGCAAUGCUGUUGUCCUACGAGAUAUAGAAGAAGAUACCCAAGGAUCCCAUACUACCAAAAUAAGUAAGAAGAAGAAUGUGACCAAGAAAAGAAAGGUACAAUCUGAGCCUGGACUUGCAAUUACCGAUGCUCAAGGCAGUUUGCAACAAAUGGAUAAUCUUAACUCAGAUGGUAUGACCCUGAGUGGAUAUUAUGGAACACAACAUAAUGUGCAAGGACUGAUACAGUUGAAUUUGAUGGAGCCACCUAACGAUGCUUAUUAUGUCAACCCACAGAAUAUCCAGGGGCUGGGGCAACUUACCUCAAUUACACCUAGUCAUGAUGGGUUUUUCGGGUCUCAACAAAGCAUGCCUGGACUGGGGCAUCUGGAUUACAGACCAAGCUUCGGUUACAGCUUGCAGGAUGAGCCUAACAUGAGAUCUGCUCAGUUGCAUGGUGAUAAUGCUAGACAUUCAUGAAGAAUGCAUACUUUACUUUGGUUAUGUAGUGCUCCCUCAGGCAACGGUUUUACAUUCUGACAAUAAAGAGGAAGGAUUAUGUGUGGGUGUGGGGAGGAUAGAAGAUAAGUACUAAGUUUGGUAUAUCAUGUAAAUAAAUCUUUCAAAUCUUCUCAGUAUUAAAUGUCAUUUAUUGCCCUCUUUUUACUAACUCA